CCGGAAGUGUCCCUGCUUACUAUAAACUUCGCUCCUGUCGCCGUCAUGUCGGUGCCGUGGUUCUGGUCCAUGUGGUCAGAACCGAACCGCUCCGAACCCGCAGAGUGACGAUGAUAGCGGGCUGUUUGUACGGAAGCCCCUGAGGGUCAGAGAGAGAAGCGCAGCGUGAUGAAGAUCAAGGAGCAGAGCCAGCAGGUGAAGGAGAAAGUGGUGGAGAAGUUUCAAGCAGGACUGGGUUUAAGGAAAAUAUCCCAAGCAUUGAACAUCUCUAAGAACGCUGUCCACUCCAUCAUCCAGAAGUCUAAAGAGUUCAGCUCCACAGCAAACCUUCCCAAACAUGGCCGCCCAGCCACACAAGCGGUACCGUCGCACACAGCGUUAUUCGGCGACGGCUUGAAGAGGCCUGUGGUGAUUCUGGAGAAGUUACCAAGAUCCACAGAUCAGCAGGGGAGAAGGAUGGAUGGAGUCGGCUGGAGCAGCUCCAGGUCACAUGAGACCUUCAGAGCGGACACGCUGUCCAGACUGGCCAGCUUCAUCGCGCGCACCGACACCAAGCAGCAAAGCCACCAGCACUCCCAUCGCUCCCAUUGCGGCUGUCAGGAGUGUGAGAAAGAUGUCCCUUACCAAAAAGACCUGCUGCAGCACCAGGAACUAAAGAACACGCUGCCUAAACCUCACCGCUGUCCCCUCUGCGGGCAGCAGUUCUCCCUGAGGUCCUCACUGCAGCUGCAUCAGUGUCAGUGUGACGGCUCCCGCGGACCGGCCCGCCACGCCGCCUCCUGUACCACUCUGCUGUCAAAUUCAGGCAGGCUGCAGGACAAGUCGCUUUAUCGCCAGCCGCACCUUUUGGACAGCAGUCCGUACGCGUGCGCUCCUUGUGGGAGGAGCUUCAGCCAGAAGCAGGCGCUGCUUCACCAUCAGCAGGCCGGCUGCAGCGGCUCUCCGUCUUCUCCAAACGUCACUGACGUCUGCAGCCUUCCUUACGAUUCCCCACCCGUCUCUGAGGGCGACUCCGCCCACUCCGAUGUUUCAGACGUUCCAGGACCCAGCAGCGACUCCGUCAGCAUGUGCCAGAUCUGUUCCAGGAUUUUCUGCACAGAAGCUGCGCUGCUGCGGCACAUUCAGGACUGCCACAUGGAGGAGAAGCUAAAUGCCGAAACGCAGAGGGACGCAGAGGAGGCGGGGACUGUGGAGGCCAGCGGAGCAUCAAAGGAACGCACAAAAUCCAAGAAGAAGCUUCUAAGCUGUCGCUCGUGUGACAUGGUUUUCAGAUGCACGUCUCAGCUGUACCUGCACAGGAAGGAGAAGCACAGGAGAGAGAAACUGAUCAUGAGGGAGCCCAGGCCCGUCACCAAAAAGCUUAGGAAAGUCGUUCCGUAUCCAUGUCAGAUCUGCGGCAAAGUUUUCCUUCACCACCUGUCCUUUAGGGCCCACUACAGACGGCACGUAGAGGAGGGCUGCGCCCCCGUCAAUAACGGCACCGUCAAAGACUCUCAGGCCCUCAAACUGAACGCCAGUGUGGCCAAAAACAGGCUGCCGCUGAAGAGAGGCCGCAGGGCGGGUCCGGGGCGGCCCAGGAGCGCUCCCAGAGUUCUGUUCAACGUGGCUGGGAGAGAGCCGCCCGAGCACAGCGAGUUCCCCUGUCCCUCCUGCCCGGAGGUCUUCUCUGUGCAGCAGCAGCUGAAGGAGCACAUGGAGCUUCACCAGUCGUCCUCCAGGAGGCACCAGUGCAGCGUGUGCACCAGCCAGAUGGACGCCAGCAAAGGGCCGGGCUCCAAGAGGCAGAGGCUGUACCACUGUGUGCCGUGUCAGCAGGGCUUCACGGCGCUGGAGCCCUUCCUAGAACACUGUCAGGAGCACCUCCGGAUCCGGGUGGAGGAGGAGCGAAUGUCUGAGGGCCACGCACUGCAGGGGAGCAAAGGCUGAGCUUCGGCGCCAAAAGUUCAGCCGCUGCCUUUUUGCCUCAGGAAGCCUCUGACUGCUUUACUGCCCUUUUUUUUAAUUUGUUUUCUGCUGAGUUUGAUGUUUCUGGGGGGUUUGAGGUGCUGAUGUGUUCAGUUUUGGUUUCCUGGCGUGUGUGAAAGUAAGGACUGGACUGAUGGAGCCGAUGACUGAAUGUUCCCCCGUACCAACGUAUCAAACGCUGCUCCUUCCUGUUCUUCUUCAGAGCUUCUUCAGCAGCGCUGAGCUCAGCUACUGAAAACGCCACCAAGCUUCUCCACUAGAUGGAUUCAGAAAUGAAUGUGAAAUCGCAAUCAUAGCAGCAGCAGCACCACCGAUCAGAGGAGAGUAGAUGGAGAUUCAUUUGGUUUAAAACUUUCAUGCCUCUGUUGUUCACACUACCAUCGCUAACUGUCUCCAAGUGCAUUUUGUUCCUUAAUCAAGUAUUUUGUUUGCCUUUUAAAUAAAUAAAUUUCUCUCCU